AUGGUAGAAUCGUUUGGGAAGAAGACCAGUAUCCUCCGCAACCACAUCGACUCUGAGACUCUGCCCGCAUACAUCCUCGUAAUCACUAGCUCGCUAUGUGCCAACUACUGUACUAUUACGACCAACCCGGUCAUUUCAAGACUGUGGGUCACUACGAAGUCGAUGUUACAUUCAAUGUGUUACGAGUCCAUUAACCUCGUUUUGCGCUGUCAAUCACAGUGCAGACAACACAUCGAAACCCAUGAAUCCAACCCCGUGCAGCCACAAGUCAACCCAGUGAUCCUGAGCUAUCAUCCUCUCCUACGCCGAAUCCACCCGCCGCUGGCUCUUGUCCUCUCGGCUGGAAAGUCAUCGCUUGUUGUACCUACCAGCCUCAGCAUCGAGGAAUCCUGCAAGAACCUCAUUUUAACUGCCGUACACCCUUCCGGACGAGAUCAACGGUGUCAGUCAAACAAGUACGGUUUCACGAUAAGAAUCAACACGAGAUUCUCUUCUAUACCUACCGAUGACUGGCUCGCUAUCCAGCAAUUGGAUACCGGCUCCUACGGGAGCGGAUUAGGGUCAUGGAUAACCACGAACGACUCAUCACGCCAAUCACCUCCUCCCAAACGCCCUGAGCAACGUGCGAGCUUCGUGGUGCUAAUAGCGGUAGCUGCGACGAUCAUCGCCUUACCCGAUGGAGGACGCGGAUAUACGCACACGAAAUACGCGAUGAGCAGCUUAACCAAAGCUGCAGAUACGUGUCCUUAUCUUUCCUCCCUGCCCUUCCCUAAUAAUCCCUUCUCUCCCACCAGCUCAAGACCACUCCUCACAUCAAUACCAUCCUCCCCGGGUGUGUCUACGGCGAACUCACCCCGUCCCCACACGCGAGAUUAUUGUCGCCGAGUACAGGCAGGCAAAAUUGUGGAUCUCAUUGUCUCGCCGAGGAAUGGGUUUGUUACAGGGAUUCAAGUACUCGGCGGGCAUGGAAGACGGGGGUUCCGGACCGUUGUCCCGGAAAACAGGAUUUGUUCUUCUGAUUCAUCCCCAUCAUCUCCACGCCUUCCUUCCUCUUGGUCUACUCGCCUUUCUCUCCAAUCGUUCAUUUCCCUUGGAACUUGA